AUGUGGGCGGAGCCGGAUGUUCCUAUUGCCACGAUUCUGUUCGGCGGAGUAGGGUUGCGCAAGGCUCUACAUAUUGAAAUGGUUUCUGCUCCGUUACUGGGAUGGGCCGCAAUUCGACCCAUCCCCGUGUCCAGAUUAAAAACCUGCAAAUAUGCAUCGAACAGCCUACAAUCAUAUAAUGGCAUUGUCGCUUCUUAUCUGAGACUGCAUUACUAUCGAAGCUUGAGCUCAUCUGCAGUAUUAGCAGAGGCUAUUGUCCACCUCGAGAAAACUCGAAACAUCGGCAUUAUUGCACAUAUUGACGCCGGCAAGACCACCACCACUGAGCGCAUGCUCUAUUACAGCGGGUUCACCCGACGAAUAGGUGACGUUGAUGACGGAUCAACAGUCACAGACUUUCUACCAGCUGAAAGAGCUCGUGGAAUUACCAUCCAAUCUGCCGCAAUCACCUUCCACUGGCCACCCUUGACUGGUGACGGAACCUCGAGCAGCCCUAGCUUGGAAGAUUUGGAGGCACAGAAUCUUCCCAGGUCAAGAGCUUCUCACACGGUCAAUUUGAUCGACACGCCAGGUCAUGCAGACUUCACAUUUGAAGUCCUGCGAUCCCUUCGUAUUCUUGACGGCGCGGUCUGCAUCCUAGACGGCGUCGCUGGUGUUGAAGCCCAAACAGAGAAAGUAUGGCAUCAGGCUAGUGUGUACCAGAUUCCGCGAAUUGUCUACGUUAACAAGCUAGACCGAGAUGGUGCUGCAUUUGGACGUACGGUGCGUGAAGUAGGCUCUAGGCUGCAGGGCUGGCCCGCAGUCUGCCAAAUCCCUUGGUUUGAAGGUAGCAAUGGACGCUUCACCGGCAUUGCGGAUGUUGUAUCGCUUCAAGGGCUGUUAUGGAAGGAAGGUGGAGACGGAAAAUCCGUCAAAGUAUUUGAUCUGAAUGGUUUAGAGAACGAGGAUAAAAGCCUUGCCGAGGAAUUGAAACGUGCGCGAGUGGCUUUGGUCGAGCUACUGAGUGAACAUGAUGAAGACAUGGUCGAGUCGUUUUUCGAGCAUGAGGAAGAUCAUUUGACGGUUCCAUCAAUAACUAUACUGAAGAGUCUCCGCAAAUGUUUACUUGGUCCUGAAACUCAGAAGAUUAUACCAGUAUUUGCUGGGUCUAGUUUCCGCAACAUGGGCGUGCAGCCUCUGCUAGAUGCAGUCAAUAACCUUCUUCCGGGUCCAUCUGAGUCCCAUGACCCAGAAAUCAGUCUCGGAAGCGAUAAGACAUCCCUAGGAAACUUACUAAGCGGAGAGUUGGCUCUACAACAAGACCCGAAAACAGCCAGUAUUGAGAAAUCCAAGCAAAAGAAGAAGGCAGUCGUGACACGAACGUCCGUGGACAUCAAAAGCUUAACUGCUAACCUAGAAAGCUGUGCCCUAGCAUUCAAGGUCGUGAGUGACGCCAAACGUGGAGUUCUCGUCUAUGUUCGUGUCUACUCUGGAUCUCUGAAUAGGAAUUGUCAUCUAUACAACACCAACCUCCAUGUCACGGAGCGAGCUCCACGUCUUUUCAAGAUGUACGCCAACGAUGCUGUUGAAGUCGACUCAAUCCCCGCCGGUCAUAUCGGAGUUGUGGUUGGACUAAAGUAUGCUCGAACCGGAGAUACCCUUAUAUCAUGUACGGGGAGCAAGUCGGUCCCUCCAGAGCCUUUGAAUACUUUACAGUUACGUCCCAUCGACGUACCGCCUCCCGUUUUCUUCGCAAGUAUCGAACCCCACAGUCUAAGCGAGGAAAAGAACAUGCAAGAAGCGCUUGCAUUAUUAUUACGAGAAGAUCCCAGUCUCCAUGUCACUAUUGACGAAGAUUCUGGUCAGACACUACUAAGCGGUAUGGGAGAGUUACAUUUAGAAAUUGCCCGAGACCGACUGGUCAAUGACUUUAAAGCCAAAGCAUCUAUGGGCCGCAUCGAGAUAGGAUAUCGUGAGUGUGUACUCGAUCAAUCCAAUCCAGUAACUAAAAUCUUUGACCGAGAGGUGGCCGGCAGAAAGGGCAAAGCUGGGUGCACAGCAGUUGUCGAGCCUUAUGGUCAAGAAUUAGAAUCAGAUGGAAAUGAUACCUCUGGCAGCGACGAUAUCAUCUUCACAGAAACGGUCGACGGCAACAAAAUCAUCAUCUCAGCACCAGGGGUAAACAUCACCACCGACAAAAAGGGUAAAGAAGAAAGCACUUCCCUCCCACCACAACUCGACUUGAAUUCCUUCAGAACGUCCCUCUACAACGGCGCAUUAUCCGCACUUGCGCGUGGACCGCAAUUCGCAUUCCCAAUGCACAAUACAAAAGUAACACUUACAUGCAAUGCUGCAGAACACCUGUUUGGCUCGGAGAGUAGCGCUUCAGCAUUAUCAGCAGCUGCGCGACUCGCAACUCAGGGCGCAUUGCGAAAUUUGACGACUACUGCUGCUAGUACCGGCACAGGCAUGAUGGAACCAGUUAUGAACGUAAUUAUAAGCGUCGACGAAGCCAGUCUCGGCGCGGUGGUACACGACAUCUCUUCAGCACGGGGCGGGCACAUAGUCUCCCUCGAUGAAGAAAUGCCCAUCUCAACCUCUUUAAGCCAAAGUCCAGAGUCACAAGACCAACCCGUCGCUGUCGACAUAAAUAAAAUCUACGCUCCACCAGACCCCUUCGAAACACCCAGUGUUGCAGGCGGAUUGCCGAUCCAAGCACCCGCGAACCAACCUCGAACAAUCACUGCAAAGGUCCCUUUAAAAGAGAUGGUGGGUUACUUGAAGCAUUUGCGGAGUUUGAGUGCUGGUAGAGGCACGUUUGUGAUGCAUGUUGAUCGGUUUGAGAGGAUGUCGGCGCAGAGACAGAAGGCUGUUUUGGCGGAGCUGAAUAGGUAG